AUGGGGAUUUCGGGGGGGGUCCCACAUGGGGCUGGGGGGGGGUUCCUGGGCCUUUUGGGGGUCCCAGGGGUCCUGGGAAGGGGGUCCGGGGGGGGGAUCCCAGGGGGUCCUGGGAAGGGUUUGGGGGGUAUCAGAGGUCCCAGAGGAGUUUUAGGGGUUCCAGGGCAGGUUUUGGGGGUUCAGGGGGAUUUUGGAGGGGUCCCAGGGGAGGUUGGGAGGGUCCAGGGGGGUCUGGGGGUUCCCGGGGGGGUUGGUGGGGUCCGGGGGGGUUCAGGGGUCCCAGGGGAGGUUGGGGGGGUCCAGGGGGGUCUGCGGGUUCCCGGGGGGGGUUGA